CAAUUUCAAUUUUAGUUACUUACUUACACUGUGGCUAACAAUUCAUUUGUUAAUAUUUAUUAAGUAAUUUACUUUAAUUUAUUUUAGUUUUGCAUUCAUUCCAAUUGUAACUCAUACGUCAUGGUGCUCUGGACACUGGUGAUUGGUGCGAUCAUAACCGCUUGGCUGUACAAACUAAAUAAGGAUUACGUGGUGCUGACUUUAUUUGCUAAGCGUGUACGAACAGCUGAUGGCACACCGUUGCAGAAUUCAGUGGCGCUCCCCAAGGGACGUACAAUUUUCGGCAAUGCUUUCGAUUUUUUAUUGUCCUCAGAUAGUAUAUUCGAUUUUUCACGCAAACUCGCCUCCGAUAUGAAACGCAGUUAUCUCCAAUAUGGACUCUUUACACCAUUUUAUAAUAUAAUCACCGCUGAGGAUGCUAAGCUUGUGAUGAGCGAUCGAAAAAAUCUAAUCACUAAGGGUAUUGUUUAUAGUUUAAUGGAGCCCUUCUUGAAAAAAGGACUUUUGACGUCAGCAGAGAAAAAAUGGCACUCUCGUAGAAAAAUGCUGACUCCCGCCUUUCAUUUCAACAUACUGGGACAAUUCGAAGAGAUUUUUAAAGAGGAGAGUAAACAAUUUGUGGAGAGUUUAGAUGCCAGUGAUUUAAAUUCUGUAAAUUUAAAUGAAGUUAUUCCAAGAUUUACAAUCCACACUAUAUGCGAGACUGCUUUGGGUGUCAAAUUGAAUGACCCACAGAAAGUUGAUCAAUAUCUUGCCAGUUUCAAAAAGAUCGAAGAAGUAUUUUUGAUGCGACUCGCAAAUCCAUUUUACGUUUUCAAUACUAUAUAUAAAAUAUUCUUAGUGCCUAGAAUUGUGAAACAUCUUUCAGUUGUUGAUAAUUUCUCUGAGAUAAUUGACAAACGUCGUCACCUAUUCGCGGCAGAACUAGAGCAAAGUCAAGGGAGUGAAGAGGAAAAUCAAGAUUCCAAUACGAAGAAACGUUACGCCAUGUUGGACACACUCUUACACGCCGAACGCGACGGCCUCAUCGAUCAUGCGGGUAUUUGUGAGGAAGUGAACACAUUUAUAUUCGAGGGCUACGACACCACAUCGAUGGCACUCAUAUUUGCACUCAUGCACAUGCAAGAACGUUGCUAUCAAGAGAUCGUUCAAAAUUUAGGCGAUGAUUUGAGCCGAUUGGAAAUCAAACAUUUGAACAAUCUGAAGUACCUGGAGUGUUUCAUUAAGGAGACUCUUCGUCUGUACCCCUCCGUAUCAGUUAGGACGCGCGAGACGCCACUUGCCAACAACUUAAUAUUACCGAAAGGUACGCAGAUUAUUAUACAUAUAAUAGAUAUACAUCGUAAUCCAACUUACUAUGAAAAUCCAAACAAAUUCGACCCGAAACGUUUCACGCCUGAAGCUUCAGCCGGGCGUCAUCCAUUCGCUUUUGUACCAUUCAGAGCAGGGCAGAGAAAUUGUAUUGAAGUUUAAAAUAUUACCUCUAAUGAAGGACCGGGAUAUAAAGCUAAAAUCUAGAAUAAUUUUAAGGUCAUCAAAUGAUAUCAAAGUUAAAUUGGAAAGAAGAGUUUGAGGUUUAAAAAAUGCUUUUUAUGCUAAAGGGGGUAUUUUAAAUGGAUUUCGAACAGCUGAUGGAGGUUUGAUCCAACUCCUGCAUCGUUGAAUUCACUUCUAACUACUGCUCUUGUAUCCAUUUGUUUUAAAUUUAAUCUAUACUACUAUUAUAAAAAGGAAAGAUUUGUAUGUAUGUUUAUAAUGAAUAAACUCAAAAACUACUGUGCCGAUUUCAAAAAUUCUUUCACCAUUUUAAAGCUACAUUCACCCCGAGUAACAUAGGCUAUAUUUAUUGCUAAAAUCUCAACUUUCUGGAAAUAGUUCCCAGGUGAGCGUAUCAAAAAGACUCGUUGAUGGAGAAUCUUAAUCUGAAACUGAAAAUCGUCUUGCAAGUCAUUCUCUUCGCAUCGUAAUCGCGUGUCAGAGAGUCGAGUAAAGAGCCCUCGCAGCUGCUGGCUGAACAAAAUUUCAAAACAUCCCAAGUACGUGGUUGAAAGUCGAGUACGGGUCCUGAGCAGCGGCUUAAAAAACAAAAUAUUAGAAAUAUACAAGUUCGCACUAGCUAUGAUCUUCAGAUCCGCAAGCAUUUAUGGUUUAUCUUGAGAUUAGAGUUCACUCCGUAAGUAAAUUGCCAACUGUAAUCCCUAAAGCUCUUAUUUAUUAUCAAUUCUCAUUACAAAUAUUACUUUUUUAAUAAAUUCUUUGAUAAUUCAAGAGACUAUCAAGUGGAUUAUAAAUAAAAUAACAUUACAUUCUGUCUGUAAAGCAAAUAAGUGCUUAGUCAUGUUUACUUAUAUAAUACUUUUUUCGCUUGUGGUUAUAUUUUUAUUACACAUAUUUCAAAUUAACCCUUAUAUGGCGCAGACGUUUUUUCACUUUAUUAUUUUUAUAUAACUUGUGACUAUUUUAGACGGACCUAUUUUUAAUUGGCUGACUUGAUAUCUACUAUUUUAGUCCAGAUUAAUACAUAUCUCAAUUUUAUUUAGUUCUUGGUAAGAUUUUUAUACAUUUUAUUAGCAUAACAAGGGUUAAAUAAAUUCAAUUUAUGAAACAAGCUACUUAAAAAACGAUAAAAAUGCAAAACCGGCAUUCAUACAUAUACUUACAUAUGUAUAUAUAAUUAUAGAUGUAAUUGAAAUGUGAACACUAGUAAAUCGUUGCUCAUGUUAUCACAAUUUCAUAUUGAGUUCGAAACUGUCGUCACGCUCUUCGGCACCCAUUGAUUAACUAAAUUGCCAAGCGUUAUUAUCAACAAAACUACAUACAUACUCACAUAGUAAAAAAACAAUUGUUCACCCAUUAAUUCCGUUAGUAUUCAUAGGUAUUAGUCACUGACUAAUAUGUAUGAAUGACAUAUAAACCCCACAAGAAUCAAGUCAACAGAUAUGAUAGGAAUUUAAAUUUCAAAAUGAUUCAAACUAUUAAGAACUAUUAUGGUAAUGACCACGCCCACAUUUAACUUAACAUUAAUGUACAUAAAUUCAGAAAAUUUUCAGAUUUUUGUAAAUUUUGUUUUAACAUUUGUGGGUGAUUUGUAUAUGUUAAUUUAUAGAAAUAUGUUUUUUUCUCAUAUUUAUAUAUUUUUGGGUUAUUUUUAUAAUAAUAAUGUGUUGGGAAAAAUCCUUAGAUAUUUAUAAAUACCAUGAAUUUUAUGAUUUCGUCUCAAUAUUACUAAUAUUUUGAUAAUAAUUUUGAAAAUUUGUUUUCUGCACUACACCAAGAUCGAUACAGACAAUUUUCCUCUAACCGAAAUUUCAUCACAAGCACCAAGCAUUUCAAUAAGCAAAACUUAAAAAAAUAUAUAUUAUUUUUUAUUUAAUCUUUCAUAGAUUAUAGUCGACUUUGAACAAACCGAAUUAAAUAGUUUUAUUUACAAUAUAUAAGUAAUAAACACAUAAGUUGAAGAACUUUAUAAAAUUGCAUAUCUUCGCUGUACACUCAGUAUAUUUGUCGGUUAGGGAAGGGUGAAGACAUUAUGAAAUAUAAUACUAACGAUCUACACUUAUAUAUAAACAUACAUAUCUUAUCUAGAAUGUUAUUAGUUGCAGAUUAGUUGCACACACGCCUCAAACUACAUACAUACAUGUAUAUAGUAUUUGUCUACAAUUUCAGUUGUGAACUUGACUUUGUGGCGUACGCGUUAUACCGUUGCUUUUCAUUUACAAAUUUGUGUUUAUUUGCAUUUUGCUUAGUCAUUGUAAAUUCGCAAUCAAUUUGAAUUGUAACUCAUACGUCAUGG